AUGGCACAAUGGUCACUCUUAUUUUUAUACUUUUUCCAUGGACAACUUCCCCUCAUGUUUGGGCAGCAGCAGCAGCGCACAGUUGGCCCCUGGCGGAACCGGAUCCAGUGGGAGAACAACGGGCAGGUUUAUAGUUUAAUGAGCACCGGCUCAGAGUACCAUGCUCCGGUUCGGUCCAGAAGCCAGUCGAGGGUUUAUGUGAGUGGCAGAAGGGAUGGCACCUGGAGCCAAAUGCCGGGAGCCCAUAGAGGAGCCACUCCGAUCAGACCCGGACAGGCUGAGUCCAGACAGGUGAGGACUGAUCAGCGCCCUCCCGGAGCUGCAGGUUAUGUGGCCACGCGGCGCUCAAUCCCUGUACAUCCCAAUACCGUCAACGUCUCUGCACCGGGAAGAUUUAGAGACUUACCCGUGAGGAGAAGUCGUAUGGAUGCUCUGUACACCAGAGGAGGAGAUCCGGGGCCCGGUGCGCAAUACCAGCCUUUACGCGCGGUGCCAGAGGCGAUGGCUGUCUCCAGGCAACACGCGCAGACCGAUCAAUCCACCUCAGCACAUCCAACCAGUCUGGAGAGGGUAGCUGAAGCCCCUGCUCCUUCCAGUGUACUCAGUCAGGCUGGUUCUAACGAGGCAAAUGCUAACGGAGAGAACAUGGCUAACGAAGAGAACAUGGCUAACGACGACCCUCGAAACCCAUUAAAGAACCACAGAAAUUCGGUUUUCUACAACCCAUAUCCCACCAGAGGGAGGUCAUCGGCCCGCAACCGCCGUCCGCCUGUCACGGGUUAUGGUACAGGAUAUUUCCAAAAUGGACUGCCGGACCUCGUGCCGGACCCGUAUGCCAUCCAGGCCGGUGCUUAUAUCCAGCGCAUGCAGAUGUUUGCGCUCCGCUGUGCAGCCGAGGAGAAUUGUCUAGCCAGGUCGGCUUAUGGACCCGGCGUAAGAGACAUCGACUUCAGAGUCCUGCUGCGGUUCCCCCAGAAAGUGAUCAACCAAGGCACCACAGACUUCCUUCCUGUCAAGCCCAGAUAUCAGUGGGACUGGCACAGCUGUCACCAACACUACCACAGCAUGGACGCCUUCAGUAACUACGACCUGCUGGACAUCGUCACUGAACGUAAUGUGGCCGAGGGACACAAAGCCAGCUUUUGUCUGGAGGACACGGGCUGUGAACCUGGAUUCAGGCGGCGCUACGCCUGUACAUCUCACACGCAGGGCUUAAGCCCGGGAUGCCAUGACGUCUACGCUGCCAACAUCGACUGCCAGUGGAUCGACAUCACUGAUGUGCCUCCAGGGAACUACAUCUUAAAGGUUACUGUGAACCCCAAUUCCAGCGUCCAGGAGUCAGACUUCACCAACAACAUAGUGAGAUGUGAUAUCACAUACACAGGAAUCUAUGUUCAGACACGCAACUGCCGAUUAUCAAGGAGUUGAAAUCCUCCUUUUCAAGUACUAUCUGCAGGAUUUUAACAGCAAACAUCUCUCCCUGUACUGUACAG